AUGGGGCAGCCCGGAAAGCACCACGAGCUUCACGUCCCAGACAGUCCCGCUGAAGACCGACCCAGCCCCACAACCCCGCCCACUCUCCCACCAGCGCCCUCUUCCAUCCUGUCCACCGCCCGCCAUUUCUUCGAAACCCACCUCGGCCCGCGAUCCGCCCGCGCCCCCAACCUCCUCCGCGCCCUCCAAGGCUUCGUCGAGUCCGCGCCGCCCGCCGCCGACUUCGCCGACACCAUCUGGCGCGCGACCGGCUCGAUCUUCGGCGACGACCAACCCCCCUUCCACCACCAAUCCGCCAUCCCAACACCACCCGGAUCAGCACCAGCACCAGCACCACCGCCGACGCGCCUCCAACGCCUCUACGCCGGCCACCGCCGCGUCAAAGACGGCCGCGAGAAGUUCGCGUGCGCGGCGCGCUUCUGCCACAUCUAUCUCGACCACGAUCUGGAGCAGCUGCUGGCGGAUCCGCAGCGGGAGAGCGAGCUGGUGCUGUCGCAGGGGCGCGGCAGGGUGACGGCGGGGUUGGAGGUGCAGGCGGCCGGCAUAUGCGCGACGGUGGAGCAGGUGAAAGCGGAGAGGAAGGCGGGAAGGAAUUAUGCGCGGCUGUUGGGGAUGGCGGGGCCGGGUUGGGUGCUUAGGGUUGGGGGUGGGGUGUCGACUGUGUGGGAGCGGAAGCUGAGUAAGAGCGAUUUGCAGCUUGUUCUGGAGUUUCUGCGCGGGCAGAUGCCGGAGCUUGCACAGGAUAUUGAGGCUUGUAACGGGAUCGCUGCUCGUGCUCUGCUGAAUGGCCUAUUGGCCUAUGGGUGGACGCGGGAGGAGAUACUCGAGACCAAGAGUACUCUCUUCGACAUUCUCAAGCGGCACACUAGCGUCGCCGACGACGGUAUUCCGGAUGAAGCUACCAUCCCCUCUAGUAUCGCUAGCUCUUCACCGACCGGAGACACGAGCACGGAGUACUCAGUUGCUGGCACGAACAUCACUCCAUUCUCUCCUGACUCCUUAUUCGGCGGCAAUGCCUUCGCGGAGCCAUUACCAGCAACGGAUCUGUUGGACUGCGAUCUAACUGAGAAGCCUACCAGUCCAGACACGGAAUUGGAACUGCCGGACCUUCACUUGCCUCUUCCCAUUGGGGAGGAUUCACUACCAUCCUUCAACUACGUACACAACGACCAGGAAGCUGAAAUGCUUCUAGAAACUCUCGACGACAUAUUUUCCUUUGAUUUUGGACAGCAGUAG